UGAUUGAAGCCCAGGGGUGGUAGGUAGCACAGCUUAGAAGUAGGUAAAUAUCUGGAUUGUGUAGGAAUUUAUGCUGAGUCCUUUUUUUUUUCCCCAAAUCUAUCAUCUCUAAGAGAGAUUGAAGGUAGUUUUUUAAAGGAAUGAUUAUUUUGUACCAUGAGGAUGAUUUCACAGCACCUUUCAAGUGCCUAAAUUGUUGAGCCUCUCCGGAGUUCCCAGUUCUAUGACAGAGUUAUUGGCCCCAUGGCAGUUUCUGAUAUUAAAUCAAAAGUUAAGCUGAAUCCUCUAACAAAAGUACCCAGCUCCCAUGGCAAGAGGGAUAAAGAUUUACCAGGAUCUCUCCCGUGCCAAUUACAGCACAAAGAAAGGAAGCUGAAUGCUUCACAAAUACAAGCCUUCCAAGAUGCCUACAACUUCUUUAACAAGGAUAAAACUGGCUGUAUUGAUUUACACGGAAUGAUGUGCACUCUAGCCAAGUUGGGAAUGAAUCUAACCAAGCGUGAUGUCUAUAAUGAAUUAAAAUGUGCUGAUAUUGAUGGGGAUGGAAAGGUGAAUUUCUCAGACUUCACAAAGGUGUUAACAGAUAGGAACCUCUUUCUUAAAGCUGUGGUUCCAGAAAAGGAGAAAUGUUUAGAUUUAGCUGGCAACCCAGGGAUCCUGUUGUUUGAAAUCCUAUCAAAGCUUGUAGAGACUUCAGCCUUACCCAGAAAGGCUAUAAUGGAAAUAGUAAGCUAUUUCCAAAGAAAAUUCCAGGAAACCAGGUCAGGAAUGUUAUGGAAUCCAUACACCAUGGCUUAUGAAAAAAGGAGAUUUAAGCAAGACAUAUGCACCCCUCCCAGCUCAAGCACAGCUGCCUUUGCCAAUGCUGCCCGGACUGCAAUAAUGAAAGAAAAGGAUUUAUUUAAAUUUCUUGAAGAGCUCAAGAGGUGCAAUCCUCCUUCAGAUAGCCCGUAUUCAAAAAUACCCAUCUUUCCAUUGUUUCCUAAUGUGGAUGGGGUGGUGAUGGGAAAGCCAUUCAAAGACAUGCAAAAAUUAGAAAUGCUAAGGAGAAAGGAGCCUCUGAACUUCUUUGAGAACUAUUUUUUCCAUAAAAGAGACUGGAAAGCACAGGCAGCAAAUAUAAAGCCUAUUGACCCCGUCUCAGGCUGUCCUACUGACGUCCUGGCCAUUGACCAAAUGCUCAAAAAGAAGCAGAAUUGGACAGUGACUGAUGCGGCAGCUAUUAAACAGCCCGUGAAGAGAGCUAUAGAUACCUAUAACUUGGGAAUUGCCCUGGAGCACCGGAAAGACAUGCUAAACCUCUGGCAGAAGAUCCGAGGGGAUUUGAUUGGAAUAGACACUAAAAAUGAGUCCUUUUAUGAUACCUUUUCUGCUUACACAUGGUCCUGGAAUGUUUGCCAAGAAUUACUUUCACCAAAGGACUUAAGGUUACAUGAUGCCUACAUGAAUAGGCAUACCUUCCACAACUCCGUAUUCUCUUCUUCCUCGGAUAUCAGUGAAUGUGACACAGACACAGGAAGAAAACGAAAACGGAAAGGUUUCAAAGGGUUUCGACGAUGAGAUUUCUACAUUUUCUAAACAGCUCACUGCAAACUACUUUUUCAUAGAUAUCAAAAUUGUGGUUUCUUGCUUUUGUCUAGUACAUUCUUAGCAGCUGGAAACGUUGACAUCUUUUGAAUUCUGACCAGUAAAAAAGUUUAAGUCAUAA